UGUGUUUUGCAAUGUAUUCGUGUAAAAUAUAGUCAUUUAAAAAUGUAAGCGUUGAUAUUUUCCGGUGGGAAAUUUGCUGAUGCCAUAUUUGAAAGGCUCCAUGCUUGGCUGGACUCUGGGUUUAAGGAAGCUUGUCCGGCCGGCCCCGGCAGUCGCAGCGGAGGGGGACUCGACGGCGAGAGCUUCAGGCGGUGCGUGUGUGAGCUGGUCACGGACACCGAAAUAUCUCCACGACGGCUUUUCUUACCAUCUUAAAUCAACGCAGCAAUGAACAUACUCGUGUAGCGGUCGUUUUGUAACAUAUCCAGAUUGAACAAUGUGAUUGUGAUCGGAGGCAGCUGCACUCCAAUGGUCGAGGACCUCACCUCACUUCACUAGAAUGUACUUGAUGAAUGUACCUCCUGUCGCAGCGACGCAAACAGAAUGGAGAACAUGUGGCCCACCUGGAGGCUAUAGCCUUCCAAUCUGCUUCAAUGACUCUGACACAGAGUUGUCCACCAGAGGCACACCUAUCUCAGACAAGGUCCAGAUGAUCAUUGAGAGUCUUAGGAGCACCCAGUCCUCACUCGAGAUGGGCGACGAGAUGGAGGGAAAUGUGCUGUCAGGACAGGAAGGUCAUCCCCAAGUCUGCAAGGUUGCAGUGGGUUCUUAUGUGGGAGCAAAGUCUAAAACUAAAGGUCCCACUGAAAACCAACAGGCAGAUGUUUCCUCCCCAAUCAACCACAAGAGCAGUGACUCUGACAGUGAUGAUUCAGUGGACAGAGGAAUUGAGGAGGCAAUACUUGAAUACCUGAAGGAAAAGGAUGAUCACAAACGCAAGGCGGAACCGUGCUUCACCUUUCUCCCUUCAUCCAAAAUUCCCAGGAAGACCCCACCUAUUUCUGAGGUCUCCAAACAGAACUCUGACAGCAAUACAUUUCUGAUUGCCAGUAACCAGUUUCCAAAAAGUGUCAAAGCUGAGACUCCCACAGCAGCAGCUGUUGUACCUAUAAAAAAGUAUAUCAAAAACAAGGUGUUGCUAAAUGACAACACAGUUAAGAAAUUGGAUAAAGGUACAACAACAAAGAAUUUAUUCUUGCCCAAAGAGCAGACAAAGAGCCCCUCUAAAACAAUCAGCCUCUUCAACAAAGUAAAGUGUCCCGUCACUGUUAAGGUGGAGCAAGACUCAAAUGAUUCCAGUAGUGAUGAUGGCAUCGAGGAGGCUAUUCAAAGAUACCAGUUAGAGAAAAAGGAGCAGGAGAACAAAAGUGAGGCUUUCAUCCCACAUGCAUGCAAAGAGGAGUCUGACUCCACUAGCGAUGAUGGGAUUGAAGAAGCUAUUCGCAGCUACCAGCUUGAACAACUUAAGGAGAAGAGUGUCCUGAAACCAUUCUUGCACAAGCAAAAACCCUUUUGUAAGCCAUUAAUACAUGCUGUUGGAAGUACAAGCAAGGAAAACAUGAAGAAACACAAACUUAGAAAGAAAAAGACCCGAACAGAGAAAGAAGUGAAGUCUUUUCAACCUCCUCCUUCAUCUGUUUUCAUACCUAAGAAUACCCUUCCCGAGAGCUCGAAGGGAAAGGGAAAUGGGUUGCUUUUGUUUAAAGUAGAGAGUUUUAAGGAGCAACCUACCCUUACCCCUACCUCUGCCCCUGCCCCUCCAAAGGUUAAUACAACCGCAGAGCUCAUGUGUGCAGAGGCAAUACUGGACAUUUCAAAAACUGUUAUGCCUGGGGUCUUCCAUGAUAGUGUUGGCCUUAGCAGUUGUGCCCCCACUGAAUCUUCCUUGCAAUCUUCGUUUCCUGACAUCUGCCCAGAUGAAGAAAGUGAUGGCAGCUCCAUUGAUAGUGAAGAUGGGAUAGAGCUAGAGAUCAGGAAAUUUCUUGAGCAAAAGGCCCAAAUGCACAAACAGCCACCCAGCUCUGCUUCGACUCAAGAGCCUGCUAGUGUAAAUGAACCAGAGGAAGUGAAAGCAACACAAGUUGCAAGCCAAAAGAAACCUCCAAGAUUGUCUUUGACACAGAGAAGAAAACACAAAGAAGAAACCUGUAGCAUUUCCAACAUGUCGGGCACAGAUAACAAUGUUAAAGAAGCAGCCCCUAAACCUUUACCUGAGCAUGGAAAAGAAUCAAGCCCAUUGGCGUUUUCCCAGAGAAGUCAGGCGCUCCCAAUAGCUGGAUUACACGAGACAGAGCCAAGUGGAGACAAAAGCAGCUCGCUCGACAGUGAUGCGGACCUAGACACUGCAAUAAAAGACCUGCUCAAGACAAAAAAAAAGUCAAAGAAAAAAAACAGAGACCUAAACCGGAAAUCUAGGAAGUGCCUCAAGGAUGAAGAACCAAUGCUGGGAAAUGCUUUACCGACCAAAAGGUCCAAACCUGAUCCAAUUUCCAAGCGCAGUGCUUUGAAGAAAUUAUAUAAGAGCAAGGAUGACAUGAAAGAGAAGUCUGGGUCGGGUAAAAUGAGCAUUUCACAACAUAAACAAAAUAAUGAGAGUGAAGAGCAUGAUAUGCAUGAAGGUGAAACAGAGAAAUUGAAAGCAACUCAAGGGCAAAACACGCCGUCACUGCACAAUACUCAGACUGCUCUUCAGAUAAAGGAAGAUAGCAGUUCAGUAGACAGCGAUGAUAGCAUUGAGCAAGAGAUCAGAAGGUUUCUGGCUGAAAAGGCCAAAGUUUCCACUGCAGAGAAAAGUAACGGCACUGACACAGUUUGUACCCUACUUCAAGCUGAAGACAUUAAACAGGAAAAUCAGCUGGCUGAAAUUCCAAGAAAAAGUAUCAGCCCUCUCUCUGGACAAUCUCCACUGAGCAGUAAGCCUCUUCCAACGCCACAGAGUUCUCUGCCAGACAUCUCUAUCGGGACACAGACAUACCUGUCCUCAGUCCAGUCCCGCAGCCCCAGUCUUUUGGAACCAGCAGACGGGGCAGGGGCUGCGAGAACAGAGCAAAGGAGGCCUGGCACUGGGAGAGGCAACAUCCAGGAUGUUACCCCACAGGUGGAGAGAGUUCGGACAGUUUUGAGUCCUAACCUUGCUCAUUCCCGCUUGGAGUCAAUCAAGUGGCGCCAGAGCCUUGGACUCCCCACUACUGACACUAGGACUCCGAGUCGAACUCCAUUCCAUAUCACCUCGUCUAAAACCAGCGAGAUUGCAUCAGCAGCUCCGCCAUUUCAAAGCGGGGUCAUCACCCCCAAAUCACAGACUCCAGUCACUGUUUGGUCCUCUGCAAGGACCAGCAGAGCACCAUUCCCCUGCUCUGUAGAGACAACUGUAAAUACCACAUUUAGAUCCCCUGUUUUAAACCUUUUAUCUACUGCCAGGCAGCAUCCAAGGAUGUCCUUUACACAGAGCCUCCCACCUGGCCACAGAUCACAGUGCCCUAUAGACGGAGAGACAGAGAGUAUGGUGCAUAUGCGUAAGGACAAGAGCGUGUUUGUCGAACUUGAAUCUAAUAGGACCAACCAUGUCCAGGUGCGAAGCAGGGAAAGGAGCGAGGAAAAGGAGAGAGUCGACUUGCUAAGUGAGAUAAAAAGAGAAGGCGAGAGCAUGAAGAUAGAUGAUAAAGAAGUACAUCUAGAAAGAACAGAGGAAGAAUUUAUAGAUGAGGCAGAUUGUGAGUCAGACAACAGGAGAAAUCCAGAGAAGAAGCAGGGCUUUUCCACAUUGUCUUUGUCCAGUGCCAUUGACCCUGGCAUCACCUUCAGACCUUGCAUAGCUCUUACAACAGAGGAGAGAAGCAGGAUGUUCAACAGGAGGUACCUGGCUAAAAAAUGCAAGAAGGGGGUACGUUCGCUCAGUAGUGGUCCUGCGCAGAACAAGGCCGUGCAACGUGUCAAAAGAAAGCUUCAGUUCAUUCCAGUCGACAGGAGAAAGGAAGCCCCCAGUGACCAGAGCAUAACAUAAUCAAACUUCUGCAUUUAAAAACAUGCACAUAGAUGAUGCUUGAAAUUACAGUAUGUGGGUUGUUGAAUAAUCAUUUUGCACUUUAAGUGUUUGUUUAUGUAAGGUUGGCUUUUCAGGUUUGAUGUUGCAGGCUAGUGGCAAUUUUGUAUUGUGGCUUAUUUGUAUUAAAUUGGUUUACCCUGUUUUUUGAAAUAUAUAUUAAGAUUCUCCAAAAUAUACUACAAUACAUUUAUCUGACUAAAAAGUAAAUCCUUAACCCCAAGAACUCCUGCCACUAUUCUUAACUACAUUGUACUAUUUAGUUU